AUGGCGCGGCAGCCGUCCUCCACUAUUACCAGUAAUACUACAUCCACCCCGGUCUUCACCCAAUUCCGCGAGGACCCACCGUCUUGGAUCAGAUCAAGAGAUUCAAAUCCGAUGACUCCCACUCCCUCAGUUCAUCAGAGACCACAGAGCGCAUACCUCAUGCCGACCAGUCCAGCUAGAGGUCGCCGUGGUAGCACGGAUUAUCGCCCCGUCAUCCGCAAAGCCCAAGGCAAUGUCCCUGCGUGUUUGGUCAAUGCAUCCGUGACGUAUUGCAACAAUGAGCAGAUCUAUGCAUUUGGAGGAUUUGAUCAGUUCACAGACGAAGUUUACAACCAUGUCCUGAGGCUAGACUUGAAAGCACUUCGUUGGGAACUUGUGGAUAACUAUGGCGAUAUUCCCGGUGUUCGCAUGGGACACACUGCUACUCUUUAUCAAGGCGACAAACUCAUUGUCUUUGGGGGAGAAAAUGAACAUCGCGAAUACCUCUCUGAUAUCGUCAUCCUCGAUAUCCCCACUUCGACCUGGACUCAACCGGAAAUUCGUGGACAAAUCCCGCGGGGAAGGGCUCGUCAUGCUGCUGUCAUUCAUGACGAGAAGCUUUUCAUCAUAGGCGGUGUCACUGGAGAGAACAAUGUGAUUCUCGAUGAUCUAUGCUACCUUGACCUGAAAACAUGGACCUGGUCCCGGAGUUGGAGAUUCACAGCUCGUUUCGACCACACCGCCUGGGUUUGGGGGGACCGUCUUUGGAUAUUCGGAGGCCUCGACCCGGAUAUGGAACGCACAACAGAUAUUUGGUGGCUUGAUCUCAAGGGCUCGCCGUUUCUUGGAACCCCGUCUUCGCAAGGUACCGUGGAUUCCCCCGGAAUACUCAACAGAUUGACUCAUAGUCCAGACACGGUAUAUAGUAGUCCAACCCAGCAGCUGCCCGGCCGGUCCGGUAGCUACGCGGCAAAUUCUGGGAGUGUACAAGUUCGCAACGCCGGUCGAAAAAAGCCAAUUGCCCCAGGAGCUAUCUCUUGUCAUAAGUUCCGAUCCGGUCCUUAUGUUCCUGCCUUGUCUGCUGGAACCCACUUCCAGGCUCACGCAUCUGGUGUCCUCCUCGACCUGAUCACUCCUUCCGAAACAGUCCGGACGUAUGAGUGCAAGUUAUCGGCUUUGGAGCUUGACACUCUUCGUUGGCAGAAACUAGCUGAUGGGCAAGAGAUUUUUAAGCCCGGGUACCGCUGGCAUUAUUGUACAGUCGACGCUAGUGGCACCAAAGCCUGGCUGCUGGGAUGCAGCCUUGACGUUGGCGCCGCUCCUGGCAACAGUGAUGAGAAUCAUAUGAGCGAAGUUCUUUGCAUUGACCUGGAGAAAUACGGUUUGCUUGGCAAUGAACUGGCGACCCUGUCUCCUGAUCAAAGCAGGGCUUUGGUAUCGGAAAGGUCAGGACUGCCGCCCAUUUCUGGGCUUGGUGCAGAUCUCUCCGCUGUCUUCGACCAACCUCCAGAAUCUGGCAGUGAUGCUGACUUUAUCAUCACCGCAAAUCCGGACGACAUCGAAUAUCCGGACGAUGUGGCAGAGGAUGCUCCUCCAACAGAGUCUCAGCCGGCGUUCCUGCCCGCGAAUGCUCCUACCUCGCCUCCUAUUCAUGUACAUCGCAUCAUCCUGCAGCUCCGAUGGCCGCAUUUCAAGCGACUGUAUUCUGCGCAAAUGGCAGAGUAUCACUCUAAGAGAAUGCACAUUCCUGAACCAUACUCUGUCGUCCGUGCUUUCCUCUACUAUCUGUACACUGACAGCAUAUCAGGGCACCCUGAAUAUUGCUCCAGCAUCAUCGAUGUUGCAGGUAUGCUCGUCAUGGCGAACCUGUAUGACAUGCCAAAGCUGCGCCUGCUCUGCGUAAAUCGUUUGAGCCGCGAGUUAGAUGUGGAGAACGCGGCCAUCAUCUGGGAACGGGCCGGGCGGACCAACGAAGAUUGGUUGAUGCGGCGCGCCGCACAAUUUUGCCUCAGCCACUGGGGUCGCGUUGUCCGGACCGACGGCUUCAAGUCCCUCAGUCGUCAGAGCUUGAUUGAGCUGUGCGAGGUGGUCGACAUGGAAGGUCGGAUUGUUGCCGGGCCCGAACUGGAGCUAGUGGGUGCUCUAGGAGCGGAGGGGCUUGAUCUCAGCAGGGAUACCAAGCGAUCCCGGCCUUCUGUUGGAGGCGCUAUGACUGACGUGGAUGACCUCGAAGGGGACGAUGUGGAUGGAAUGGAGAUUGUUUGA